CCUGAUUUUAAUAGUUCCAUGUCAUGAGAGUAUAUUUUUUGGGUUAUGUAGAAUUUAUAACCUAUCUAACCAUAAGUGAUUGUAUAGUGUGAAGAUUUGUGGAUUUUUUUACUCAUAAAAUGAUAUAUUCAGUACAAUCCUAAUUCUAAAUCUAAGUUCACCACAAAAUUCAAUUAAUCAUGUUGAAAAGGCUAGUUACGGCACCCUACAAUGGCAUAAGAAGAUUCUCUACUCUUCUUCAACCACAACUAUCAAAUGUACUUGAAAAGGAAACAAGGAAAGAUGACCCAUUACAGCACCCAGACUACUUCAGUGUGCACAAUCUAUUCACAGUGAAGGAUUUGCUCGAUGCUAGAGUACACUAUGGUCACAAAGAAGGAUCUUUGGAUGAAAGAAUGCUUCCAUAUAUCUACGGAAGCAGACUUGGCCAUAUAAUAUUUGACCUAGACAUUACUGCAGAAUAUCUAAGACAAGCUCUCAAUGUCGCUGCUCAUGUUGCUUAUCGGGGAGGUAUAAUAACUUUUUUUCUUAGAGGUGCACAAAAUUCACAUCUGGUUGAAACUACAGCUAAAGAAUGUGAAGAAUAUGCACACACAAGAUUCUGGAGGGGCGGAAUUUUCACCAACGUCGAUAAGCAGUUUGGAGCAGUUACAAGACUACCUGACUUAUGUAUUUUUCUCAAUACAUUGAAUAAUGUUCUCAUUCAGCAUACGGCCAUAAGAGAUGCUGCUAAAAUGGCCAUUGCAACCAUAGGCAUUGUGGAUUCAAAUUGCAAUCCGAAUUUGCUAACUUAUCCUGUACCAGGAAAUGAUGAUACCCCAGCUGCAAUUGAACUUUAUUGUAGAUUAUUCAAAAGUGCUAUUUUGAGAGGGAAGGAAAAACGAAAAGAACAUUUUGAAAGAUAGAUACUUUGUAUGUGUAGAAUAUCAUUAAUUAUACUUGUUUACUAGAAA